AUGUUUUGGUCGCAGUUUGGAAAGUUUCAGCCAAAUGAUAGCGAAGCAGUGCCGGGCGUUAAGAGUAAACUAUCAAGUCUUGCACACGCUUAUUCUGAAUGCAAGGUUGAUUCUAAAGAAUUUUCUCUUACAAAAGAGCACAUGAUCGCACUGUCUAAUUUGAAAAAGAAUAAGAACAUUGUUAUAUGUAAACCAGAUAAAGGCUAUGGUGUAGUUCUUGACAGAGAAGAUUACAACAGCAAAAUGCUAAAUAUUUUGAAAGACAACAACAAGUUCUGUGCGCUUGGAAAAUUGCCAGAGUGCGAUAAAACUAGUAAAUUAGAAAGGAGAUUGCAAACACUUCUUCUAAACUUGAAAAAAUCAAACCAAAUUAAUGAAACUUUUUAUAAUUUAGUCCGCCAAACGGGGGCAGAGAGACCAUGUAUGUAUGGUUUGCCAAAAAUUCACAAGGAAGGCGCUCCACUUCGACCAAUUUUAGCCAUGAUUAACUCAGCUCAACAUGAGCUAUCUGUCAGUGGUACUUUCGCCCGUUUUGGAGAAGUUUUCAACAUACGCUUUAAAAGACUCUUUUACUUUUACUGA